CUUGUGAUGGAAUUUCAGACAUUCACACCAACGAGGCGCCGAGUCGUGGGUCGAGUAUGACUUUUCGGUCCUCAGAGGAGGGGGGUCCCACAUUUCUAUGAUCUCAUCUCAUCCUCUUUCAAAAACAAGCAAGUCGACAAGUUAAGCGGUCGUAUUCAAGUUCAAUCUCUCGCCAAAACCUCGAUCAUGACAUUUUCUGUCAAAUGUGUUAAUAAACUAUCGACUUGAAAUGUCAGAGAGUUGCUCCCACCUUUUUUUUCGCUGCCAUGGAUACCAUCGUGAUGACGGCGAUAUGUCGAGUCGGUUGCGCUCAGGCACUUAUCCUCGUUUUGUUGCGAGUGACUUGAAGUGGACCCACGGGGUCAACGACAUCGAUCACUUGGGUGGAGGUGCAAUGACUUGGAAUUGGAGGUACGUUACGCUGAGCAUUGAGCGCUGAGCAUUGAACUUGGAGUUGACAACGUCGGGUCGAGCAUAUUAGUAGAUCGAAAUUUUCGGGAGUGGAUUUUCAAGAUCUUAUGCGGUGAACUAUCCUGUGAUUUCAGGCGAUACUACCUUCAUUGACCAAUAUCGACUGGUGUCCAAGAUCACGCGACGCUGUCUAUGCAGUUCCUGCCAGUGUCUGGCCGCUUUUCCUGAGUCCACCUUGCCCCAGAUACCUGAAACCUGGAAGCAUCGAUCGCGUCAAUGUAUCUCUGAAUAUCCCAGCGUGCCGCCGAUCCCCGGGCCAUUGCCAGAAAUCAUGCGCAUAUACGACCCUCUACGCCGCCCUCAGAUAUCAUUGACAAGAUCGCGGGUGAUACUAGAUUUCAAGCUUCAAGCUGGGUGCAGUGAAUCAAUUCGCGGAGUCGAGGCAAUCUAUCUUUCGACGUCCAGCGUGCUACAAGUCGAGCAUGAAAAUAGAUCUCAUUCUCGGGACCGGCGUCUCUAUAUCAUCCAUACAUGCCCCCUGCGCGCAACCUAGAUCACAUUUUCCCAGACUUUCCCGACAUCGC